CCACCUCCUCCCUCACCUCCUCACAAUCGUCUUCCACAUUGCUCGACAGUCACACCCACAAAGAAACAAAAUUUACCUUCGAUCCUAUAACCCUCAUGGUUGUUCAUGUUCGGAGACUUCAAGACGCUUAUCCUUUGAGUUUCUGAGAGCCUCAAGAGACUGUGUGUGAUAUAGAAGAAUUAUGCUAUGGAGGCCCUCAAUGCUGCUACCUUGACCCCUUUGUCAGUGCUCUGCGAUAGAAGAAAACAACCCAGAAGGUUCUCAUCACUUCCCAGGAUUUCCGCUAGCAAAGUGUUAGAUUCUGCCAGUUUUCCAUCCAAGAAACCAUCUCCGAAUGAGUAUUUACCUGCUGGUGUACGUGGGGGCCUUCUUCUUGCAGCUUCAGUCAUCAAUGGAGGAAUUGCUAAAGCUCUAACAUAUGAGGAGGCAUUAGAGCAAUCUGCGGGAAGUCCCAGUUCUGGGGACUUUGAUGUAAAUGGGAUUAUAGAUAGUGUCAUAAGUUUUGGAUCAGAGAACGCUUUGAUUAUAGCUGGAGGCUUAGCUAUUUUGGGGGUGCCUCUGGUUUUGUCUCAGGUUCUGAACAAGCCUAAGCCAUGGGGUGUUGAGUCAGCUAAAAAUGCAUAUGCAAAGCUUGGUGCUGACGGGGAUGCUCAGUUGCUUGAUAUAAGAGCACCAACAGAGUUUAGGCAAGUGGGUACUCCAGAUGUUGGGGGUUUGAAGAAGAAGGCCGUGUCAAUCACUUAUAGGGCUGAUGAUAAACCUGGAUUUCUGAAGAAGCUGGCUCUGAAGUUUAAGGAGCCGGAAAAUACCACAUUGUUCAUUCUGGACAAAUUUGAUGGGAACUCCGAAUUGGUUGCAGAGUUGGUCACAGUCAAUGGAUUCAAAGCUGCUUAUGCAAUUAAGGAUGGUGCAGAAGGACCUCGAGGAUGGAUGAAUAGUGGUCUUCCAUGGACUGCACCAAGGAAAGCUUUUAGUUUGGAUCUUGGCAACUUGACUGAGUCUAUCACUGGUGCAAUAGGAGAUACCUCUGAUGGCUUGGCUCUCACUCUUGGGGUUGCUGCAGCUACUGGUUUGGGGCUGUUCGCUUUUACUGAGAUAGAAACAAUUCUCCAACUUGUAGGUUCUGCUGCAGUUGUUCAGUUUGCAAGCAAGAAGCUUCUAUUUGCUGAGGAUCGAAAGCAAACCCUGCAACAGGUUGAUGAGUUCUUGAAUACAAAGGUUGCCCCAAAGGAGCUCGUUGAUGAAAUAACGCAAAUUGGAAAGGCUCUUCUUCCAACCUCCGCCAAUGGUAAGGCUCUUCCCGCGCCAACAGAGACAAUGCCAGAACCCGCACCUCCUGCUAGCACUGUGCAGAAAGCAGAAGCCUCGCCUGAUGCGGUCUCUGAGUCCAAAGUAGAUGCAGCAGCAGAGCCUGUUCCUGAAGUAAAUUCAGUACCACAACCUGAAGUUAAGGCAGAAUCAGUUCCUGGGAUCCAAAGACCACUUUCACCAUACCCAUAUUAUCCGGAUUUCAAGCCUCCAACAUCUCCCAGUCCUUCUCAGCCCUAGAGUUUCACUUGCUCUUAUCAUCAGCAGAAUAUUCUACACAAAACAACUCUUUCCUCAACAUUUCAAGCACAAGCGAUGAGCCUGUUGCACCAAAACAUCUUGGGCAUGCUGCAAAACAUCAUAGGUUGAAGACAUAAAUAUGUGUCUCAAGUUGUAAAAUUAACAGUGUGUUUAUGCUACUCGGUACGCAUUUCGUAAUUGAAUAAUGUCUUGUAGAGGUGACUGAUGGAUCAGUAUUAGUUAUGUUGGGACUUAGUAUGAUUCUGCAUCUUCCAUUUUUGAGUAAGCAAAUGCGAAUUUAUACAUGCAGGCAUGCUUCUGUUCUGGUUUGAGUUCAUUUGCUUUCCGUAUUUUAUUGAGGGGAAAGCCUAAUUAAGCUAGACAUUCUUUAAAA